GCGCGGUCCCCCGGGAGGCGCGGCGUGGGCCGAGCGGCGGCCGCGGAGCGUCGAGCCCAGCGCGGCGGCUGCGGCGGCCCGGCAGCCAACAUGGCGGCGGCGGCGGCGGGCGCGGGCCCCGAGAUGGUCCGCGGGCAGGUGUUCGACGUGGGGCCGCGCUACACCAACCUCUCUUACAUCGGCGAGGGCGCCUACGGCAUGGUGUGCACUUACCCAGAGGAGACCAGAAGUAAUGUCUUACUGCCCGUCCGUGUUCUUUCAUUGCUUCGCUCUGCUUAUGAUAAUGUCAACAAAGUUCGAGUAGCUAUCAAGAAAAUCAGCCCUUUUGAGCACCAGACCUACUGCCAGAGAACCCUGAGGGAGAUAAAAAUCUUACUGCGCUUCAGACAUGAGAACAUCAUUGGAAUCAAUGAUAUUAUUCGAGCACCAACCAUUGAGCAGAUGAAAGAUGUAUAUAUAGUACAGGACCUCAUGGAAACAGAUCUCUACAAGCUCUUGAAGACGCAACACCUCAGCAACGACCAUAUCUGCUAUUUUCUUUACCAGAUCCUCAGAGGGUUAAAAUAUAUCCAUUCAGCUAACGUGCUGCACCGUGACCUCAAACCUUCCAACCUGCUGCUCAACACCACCUGCGAUCUCAAGAUCUGUGACUUUGGCUUGGCCCGUGUUGCAGAUCCGGACCAUGAUCACACAGGGUUCCUGACGGAGUACGUUGCCACACGUUGGUACAGGGCUCCGGAAAUUAUGUUGAAUUCCAAGGGCUACACCAAGUCCAUUGAUAUUUGGUCUGUAGGCUGCAUCCUGGCAGAGAUGCUCUCCAACAGGCCCAUCUUUCCGGGGAAGCAUUACCUCGACCAGCUGAACCACAUUCUGGGUAUUCUUGGAUCCCCAUCCCAGGAAGACCUGAAUUGUAUAAUAAAUUUAAAAGCUAGGAACUAUUUGCUUUCUCUUCCGCACAAAAAUAAGGUGCCAUGGAACAGGCUGUUCCCAAAUGCUGACUCCAAAGCUCUGGAUUUACUGGACAAGAUGUUGACGUUCAACCCUCAUAAGAGGAUUGAGGUGGAACAGGCUCUGGCCCACCCGUACCUGGAGCAGUACUACGACCCAAGUGACGAGCCCAUCGCCGAAGCACCAUUCAAGUUUGACAUGGAAUUGGAUGACUUGCCCAAGGAAAAGCUCAAAGAACUCAUUUUUGAAGAGACCGCUAGAUUCCAGCCAGGAUACAGAUCUUAAAUUUCUCAGGGCAUACAUGCUGUGUGCUCACCCCAGUGAGCAGAACAGACAGGACUGAACGUGGCCCCCGAGGAGCACGUGGCCUGAGAGGGGAGAAAGACACAGACCGUCAUGCACAUCUUUGGUGUAGAACAUCUGGGGGUGAUGGAGCUAUCAGUUUGUCAUUGUUCAUUUAAUCCCUGUCACGUACUUCUUAGUGCUGGGUAGGAGGGAAUGGAUGGGUAAGACCCAGGCUUUGCUUUCUAGCAGCCUGAUGGCAGGACCCGGGGAGUCAGGCCCAGCAUUGUGGUGCUGCACCAGGGGAGGGUUCGGCCCCAAAGAUGCAGAGCGCCGGGAGGGGGCGCCCCGCUGGUGGGGAGGGGCCCGCCUCUCCUCACAGGUGGUCUUAAGUCCUGAAGUGUCAGGGCAUCUGACACUGGGCAGUCUGGGUGGUGGGACCUCAGCAGGGACUUGUGGGGUGGCUGGUCAGGCAGCAGGCACAGGGGAGCAUGACAGUGACCAGGGUCCUGGGCCGCAGGACAAGGCUGCUGACUGGAUGCCUACUGGAGGCCAUUAGCACACGGGGACCAAGCCCACCCGGGGCCCAUCCCAGCUCUGAGUAUCCAGGGUUGGGGCCUGUCACCAGUGGAGGCGGUGGCAGGGGGGUUGCUCUGUGUUUAGUUCACUUCCUCCAGGCACACAGAAGGCACAGAAUGUGCUUGUAGCCUGAUUUUUUUCCCAAACGUUUUUUAAAUGACAAUUUUUACCUAUUCUGAGAAGUUGAGGGUUUUACAGUAGACACCCAUAUUCCCACCACCCCGAUCCUAUGAUUAACGUUUUAUUAUAAUUUCUUUGCCUUCUCACAUAUCUGUCCAUGCAUUCCUCCAUCAGCCCAUCAACCCAUCUUGUUUUUUUCUGUGCAUUUCAAAGGAAAUUUCCAACAUCUAGACUGACUUAUAAUUUAGUCAUCUAGGAUAGAAGAGUGAGUGCAGAGGAGGGUGGGUUGGGCGCGUUGUUAAGCUCUGGGCCAGGUUCUUUCACAGACAUUGCCUUUUGAUGAUCACAGCAGCGUUUUCUGAAGUCAGCACACAGCCCAGGUCUACGAUUGACGAAACUGAAGGAGUGUGUUUAAGCAUUUUGCUGAAGAUUAUACAUCGGUGGCAAAAGUAGGCAGAGAGUCCAGGUCCUUUAGACUCAGAAAUCUUUUUUCACCUAGAUUUGCUCCCCAGGGAGGUGGAGGGACCGUGGGUGUGAGUUCCCAGUCUGCAGCGAGGGCAGAACUGCAGAGAGAAGAGCCUGGAGGUGUUGGUGCUGUGACACACGGGGCCGCCGGGGAAACGUGCUCAUACAGCUGUGGGGGCUUUGCUGGAGGGGACAGCAGGGACCACUCCAGAGGAGACCCUAGGUGUCCCCUGCUCGCUGAUGUUCUUAGUGGCGGCUCUGAGUGAUUGUAAAGGGUCAAAGUAUGUUCAUUAUAUUUUGUUUAAGGGGCUCUAUUUUAGAAAUGUUUUCACUGGAAAGGUAAAAAGGUAUAAGUGGUUAAUACAUUGUGACAAGUCUCCGAUUCCUCCAGCCUUGGGUCUCAGCCUCAUCCUUACAGACCAUCUCCUUACCUGCUUCCCUGAGAAGCUGGGGAAGAGGAGGUGGUGCCUACCUUUCUUCCUCCUUCUCCAGCCUGUCGCUGGACUUUCUCGGGGGGUGGUGGGGGACUGAUUACUAGGGCCAUUAAUCUCUUGUUUCCCUUUGGUUUCAUUAAAGAUAAAAGCAUUUAGGGCAGUUUUAGUUUUCUGCCAGCUGCUAGGUGUGGCUGCAGUUCAUGGUGGCACGCCUCUAGGAGGAGGUCACGUCUUGUCCCCGAGCUCGUCUCCCCGAGCAGCAGACAAAGGACUAUCCACCUGGCAGUGCCUGUGAGCCAGGUGACACCUGCUGGUGGGCGUUUAACAGGCCACAUCUCCAGGGGAAGGAAGGUCUGCUUUGCUCACAUCCUGACACACUCGAUUACCCUCACGCUGUCUCCACGCGGCUUCGUCGUGAGACAGAGAACGUGCACUUCUCCUCCCCAGGAUGGUCCUCGGGGUGGAGGGAAUUCCCACGUCCACCCACGCCCCACCCUCAGCCGUCUGUGCUCACAGCCGAGAACUGCUAGUCUGGAAACAGGUGGAGUGGAUUUAACCCAGAAUAUAAUUUCCUCAAGUAAAAUAGAGAUGUUAGGGGAGUGAUGGGGGACCUCGGGCCUCCUGAGGGAUUCUCGGACAUCUGCAGGGCCAGGGGGGCCUGGCGGGACAGCAGCCAUUGGGUCCCCUCCUGCACUUCCAGGGUCCAGGCCCACCAGCUUCACGCUUCCUACCAGCACUUGGUUGUGCUUGUUGUGCUUAGUCACAGAAAACUUGAGCAUUAAAAAAAAAAAACACUUUCUGCCUCCUGUGUGGUUGAUUCUGACCUACCUGCUCAUCCAGAGAGAGAGAGACGUGCUGAGAAUAGCAGGCAGAAGCGUUUUCCACUUCACACAUGUGUUUACAAAGAUUCUCAGACUCUGGUUUGGACCGUUGGUUAAUAAAUGGCAUCUGGGGAACACUGACGCUGGCCUGGCUGUGAGCGAGCGUGCGUGUCUCCCCCUGAGUAUUCUGGAAACAUCCUCUGUGAAACAUCUGAGAGAAAAGGUGCCCGGGGAUGGGGGCGUGGAGGCAAGCCCACCCUUGAGGAGCCUCGGGUGUGACUCGUGCCACGUGGUUCUGAGGGAGAUGACCUUUUCUGCAGGCGUGUUUUUCCUUUGCUUUUUCACUCUUCCGUUUUCCUAGCACUGCUGCUGCUGCUUUUCCCACGUGGUUCACCCUUAGCUCACAGUCGGUCUGUCUGUUUCCCAACAGGACACGGGCUCCGAGGACGGGCCACGCGCAGGCAUCGCUGUUCUUCCUCCCAGCUCCUGACCCCGGGCCCGUCUCCAGCCUGUCUCGGCGUGUCCACCUGACUCCUUUGAGCCAUUCGGAGGGGCAGUUUCUGGUAGUUGUGGCUUUUAUGCUUUCAAAGAAUUCCUUCAGUCCAGAGAACUGUUCUUGGCACCCCUGUGUGUGUCGCCCUCCGGUGACCUGUGGCAGUACGUACUUCAGGGCACCUACUGCUCACCUUGCUUUAGUCACUAAUCGCUUUCUGGUUUGAAAGAUGCAGUGGUUCCACCCUCCCUAGUCCUCCCUCCUGAUGCCCUGCUGACCCCGCCCUCACCGUCGGUCACUGCGUCUCACUUUCCGGGAGGGCGGCCGCUCCUCGGGCACUUUAAGGCAGUGACGGCCCCUCUUUGCACUCCUCUCCCACCCUGCCGGGGCCCCUGCAGCUCGUGCUCCCGCCCCUGGACCCUGUGGGUGCUCGUCAGCACCUCUCCUUGUGUCAUGUUAAUCUCUAGCAGAUGUAAGGUAUAUGUACUGCUUGCCCAGCUUUUAGAAAAUUCAGUCCUUUUUCUAAAUAAAAGGAAGAAAUCCUGCAUCGGGCAGUUCCACCUGUACCAUUUACAGGGGCACAACACUUGCCAAAAUGUGUUAUAUACAGUUCUGGUUGUUUGCAAGACUUAUGCAAAAAGACGUAAAGUGGCGGCUUCUCUCGGGAUUUGGUGAGAGGUGCACGAGGUCAUGCAGGCUGCCCAGGUGGUGUGGGGCUGAGCUCCACGCCCAGUGGGCACAGGUGCCACGGGCGCUGUAGCCACACUCGAUGCCUGAGGGUCUAGCGGAGAGGAACACUGCGUCUUUCAAUGAGAAAGUGUACACUUCCUUUUCCUCCUACAGCAUGUCAGCAUCUCAAGUUCAUUUUCAACCUACGAUAUAACAGUUUGUAAUAAAGCCUCCGUGAGCUCACGACUGGAGCACUGUUCUUUCGUCAAGUGCUCGCUCACGACUCUGAUGUCACCGAGCUCAGGCCGUCAGGAGCAGCUAGCACUAGGUCCUGCGUGCGAGGAGCCUUAGCCCCUGCCCUCCUGAGCCCUCUAGUGUUUGUUCCCGCCGCCGCACCCUGUGGUGUGGACUCGGUGUUCUGUCCCCGUGCGGUGCCUCCUCUUGACUCCCCCACUGCUCUCUGUGGUGAGAAAUCUGCCUUGUUCAGUAAUUACUGUACCCUCGCAUGACUGUUACAGCUUUCUGUGCGGAGAUGACUGUCCAAGUGCCACAUGCCUAUGAUUGAAACAAAAAAUCUAUUGUUACCUCUGAGUUGUGUUCCACGGAAAAUGCUAUCCAGCAGAUCACUUAGGAAAAAUAAUUCUAUUUUUAGCUUUUCAUUUCUCAGCUGUCCUUUUUUUCUUGUUUGAUUUUUGACAGCAAUGGAGAAUGGGUUAUAUAAAGACUGCCUGCUAAUAUGAACAGCAAUGCACUUGUAAUUCAUGGAAAUAAAUGUACAUCUUCUAUCUUCAUAUUCAUGUUAAGAUUCGGUGUUGAUUUCCUCUGGAUUAGUGGGUCCAAAUGGACAGUCAGGCUCAGUCUGUGCUUUAGAACAGAAAGGCUUGCAGGCCUCCCCUUCCCACCAGGCACUGCCCGAACACUUUGCUUUAUGUCAGGUGAUUUAGAAAGCAUUUCUGGAGGGUUCUUUUUUCCUUCCACACAGCAGAGAAUCAAUUCUGACAUGUUCAUUUCUUCAGAUCAUAGGUCUACAGUGUUCUGUCAGGCUCUGAUGAAGCAGCCCAAAUGUCUCAGGUUGGAUUCUCUGAUUCUUUCUAAAGAGGGCCGGCCUGUGUCCCAGUUGAGUGCUGGAAAGGGCUCCACCCCCCACCCCCCACCCCCCAGCCCAGCGUGCUGGUGCUCACACCUCACGGGCCAGAGCAGGUGGCUGACUCAUCCUCAGAAAUCAAAACUACGUCUAGGUUUUUGCCCUGAGAUACGUGAUUUUCACCUCCAUGCACAGAGCUGCCUUGUGAAGGUCCACACAGCAUUGAAAAGAUACAGAGAUUUGACUGUUCCUUGAUAUAUUUUUAAAGGAGCAUUGAUAGUUUUAUUGCUCUUGUUUCUUUGUACUUUUUAAAUGGAAUGUUAGCAGUAUUAUGAGGUUAACCUGCAGUCCUCUAACUAGAAAGAAAGCCAUAGCCUUGGUUACUAAUCCCUGGGGACUCUAGGCUCUUUUUCCCUCCCCCUCACUGGUACCAUGGAGUCAGAUGGGCAUGAAACCACUAACUGCAUCCUAGAGUCCCUGUAGCCACAGGUUGUGUGCUUUUUACUAAUCAUGCUAAACUUGGUUUAACAGGUCAGGAAUUGUCUUAACCAAGGUACCUGUGAAAAGUACUAGCUGUUAGGUGUGAAAGACUCAUCAUUUGGAUAUUUCAUCUCUAAAAAUGUACAGGUUAGGUCAUCUAAAUUCAUGCUGGUGAUCCCGAAUGCCUCCAUUACUGCUCCACGCAGAUAAGUUUCAGACUGAUGGCUUUUUUGGUGUCUAAAAUGUAAGCAAAAAAUUCCUGUCGAAACAUUCCAGUCCUUUCACUUAGUAUGAAACAAAAUACCUAGCAAGCCAGCAGGAUGGACUUGAGAGAACUCAGGACGACUGUGCAGACACAGCCUUCAAAGCUGGUAGAGAGACACGCAGACCGUGGACAUGAGGGUAGAAGAUCACUGCGUUGGUGUGCGGUGUGUUCACGUGACUCCUGCUACUGCAUGCACAGCGACUGGUGUGGCGGGGCCACAGUAGCCAGUGGCUGUCCCUGAGGCAGACAGGUGUACUGCCUACGACUAGCCGAGUACCAGUCACGCGCAGACCAUUCAGAGGAGACUGACCUUUAUUUGCUUACGUGUUAAUACAGAUUUUAAAUUGGUAAUUUUUCUAUAGUAUGGUAAUAGUAUGUUAAUACACAUACAUAUGCACACAUGCUUUGGGUCCUUCCAUAAUACUUUUAUAUUUGUAAAUCAAUGUUUUGGAGCAAUCCCAAGUUUAAGGGAAAUAUUUUUGUAAAUGUAGUGGUUUUGAAAAUCUGAGCAGUCCUUUUGCUUAUGUUUUAAAGCAUUUGUGCUUUAAAAUUGUCGUGCUGGUGUUUGAAAUAUGAUCCUCCUAGUACAGAUGAGAGGCGUGUCCCAGCAGAGGAAGCACCGUCUCCCUCACUGCAGCCAGCUUGGCAUCGUGGGUCAGAGACGGGAAAUCCAGAGGGAUGCUGUAGGCUUGCACCAGCUUCCCUGAAGCUCGUGGCCUUUUCUGUGCUGUUUAUCCGUGUAGAGCACUCAAGAUCUGAAACUGCUUUGUUAUCUGCUUUGUACUGUUGGUGCCUUCUUGGUAUUGUACCCCAAAACUCUGCAUAGAUUAUUUAGUAUAAUGGUAAGUUAAAAACAAAUGUUAAAGGAAGAUUUUAUUAAGAAUCUGAAUGUUUAUUCAUUAUAUUGUUACAACUUAACAUUUAUUUGUGGUAUUUGUGAUUUGGUUAAUCUGUAUAAAAAUUGUAAGUAGAAAGGUUUAUAUUUCAUCUUAAUUCUUUUGAUGUUGUAAACGUACUUUUUAAAAGAUGGAUUAUUUGACUGUUUAUGGCACCUAACUUGUAAAAAAACAAAAACUACAAAAAAAUUAGAAUCAUUAAAUUGUGUCCGUGUUACCAAAA